UCCUUCCUGCCUCUGGUAGUGUGUUGGGCCAGCGGUCCAUCAUCCACCCGAUAUUGCUACCCUUCCCUCGUUUUCCACUUUCUGGGCCUCCUGGGGGGCCCUCGUCGCCACCGUCGGCAUCCUGGUCAGAACGCACCCCGUGAGAGGUCUGGGGAGUAGCGGUAUCGGUACCUAUGGUUUCCCCAGGAGCUCCACGGCUUCCUGCGAUCCGCCGCGCCAGGGCUCGGCAUCCUCGCGUUCGACGCGGGCGGCGGGCGCUUCUUCAAGGUGGGCGCGGCUGCUGCCGCCUAUGGCGCCUGGGAGGCCGCCAUCACGCCAGUGUGCCGCAAUGGACGGUCCGCCGCGGAGGCACUGCUGGCAGGUGUGCACACCUGCGGAGCCGACGGCCUGCCGCCGAGGUUCUGGCGCGCCUACUCCGACGCCGUGGCCGUGCCGACCGAGGAAGGCGACGUCGAGGAGCGGGCGGCCGUGGCCGCCUUCCUCGCGGAGCUGCUGGGGGCGCUCCCUGACCCCUUCUGCGCCAGCAGGCUGCUGCUCGCCGGGCUCCUGCGCCCAGUGUCGGCGAUGGCCGAGGAGCUCCUCGAGGCGAGCUGGGGGAGCCCGAGGGCCAGGCGGGCUCUGCAGACCGCCGGCCUGCUGCUCCGCGUCGAGGCCUGGACCUCGGACCUGGAGCGCUGCCUCGCGGGCGAGAGCGAGGGCCCGGACGAGGACGCCUGCGCGCUCCUGCCGGAGGUGUGCGACGCGCCGCCGGCACCGCCGAUGCCGGACCUCGUGCUCCUGGGCGGGAGCGGGCCGGCCGGGGCGGCCGUGAAGGACGAGGUGGUCGACGAUUGCCCAGGAGGGCGCCGCGAGGGCGAGAACUGCGCGCCCGUGCCGCUGGGCGGGCCGCAGGGCGCCGGGCUGCUCCUGGUGCCGGGCGAGGGCGCGCCGGCCAGCGGCCUCUCCGCGCUCGCGUUUGCCGCGCGGCUGCGGGCUGGGGCGCCGGCGCACGGCGGCGCCUUCCCGGGCGGCGAGGAGGCCGCGCGGGCGCUCGUGGAGCACAUUCGCCGCGAGGAGUUCGGCAUCGAGGGCCCGCUCGCCUCAGAGGUCUCUGGUCUCCGCCGGCGCCAGAACGCGCGCCUCGCGCGCGCGCUGGCGCGGCUUGGGGAGCAGCUGUACGCCGACUCGUACCACUGGCAGCUGGAGCUGCUGCAGAACGCCGACGACUGCGACUACGCGCAGGGUGUGGAGCCGCACGUCGAGUUCGUGGUGGGCCCAGGAAGCGAGGUCAUUGUUCGCACCAACGAGCUUGGGGUAACCCCCGAGGAUGUAUGCUCCCUGUGCGACAUCGGCAACUCGACCAAGCCGACGAGGCGGGCUGGUGGCGGAGCCCACAUCGGGGAGAAGGGUCUCGGAUUCAAGGCCGUGUUCGCCGUCUCCGACCGUCCCCAGCUUUUCUCGGGUCCUGUCGCGAUCGCUUUUGAUGCUGCGCACCCCAGUGGCCUUGGCUACAUCCUGCCAGAGUGGCUGAGCGACGACGUAUCCCGCAGUGGCGCCGGCGCCACUGGCAGCAACGGCUGGACUACCUCACUGGUGCUCCCCCUUCGGCAAGCCUUGCGCUGCCGCGUGGCGGACGUCGCGCGGCGCUUGGGCGAGCUCCCGGCUGCGACGCUCCUGUUCCUGCGCCGGGUGCGCCGCAUUGCUGUGGUCAGCGAGGCUGGACAUCCCGCCCACAGCUGCCUGCGCCUGGCCCUGGCCCGACCCCGCGCCCCCACGCCGCUGCAGGAUGCAGAGGAGGCCACCGUGGUUGUGGAGGCCAAUGGCGAGCGCAGGCACGAGCGGUGGCUCGUCGUACAGCUCCGCGUGCCCGUUCCGGACGGCGUGGAGCGGCCUGGGGGCAGCACCCCGCACACGACCUUUCUGGAGGCGGCCUGCCCGCUCACCUCCUCCGGGGCCUUCGACGCGGAGCGGGGGCCCCAGCCGGUCUUCGCCCACCUCCCGGUGGGCCCGCCCCUGGGCUCGGCCGUGGCCCUGCAGGGGGACUGGGCGCUGGCGUCCUCCCGGGAGGCGCUGCUGGAGGGCCACCCCUGGAACGACCUGCUGCUGGAGGCCCUGCCCGAUCGAGGCGGCUCGUGGGGGCCUGCCGCGCGCGCGGCGGCGCGCUGGCCCAGGGCUGCCUGGCGGCCGUGCCCGACCCCGCGGCGGUGCUGCCGCCCUUCCGCGCGCCGAUGGUCGAGCUGGGUCGAAGGCUGCGGGAGACCGGCUGCGUGCUGACCUCGGCGGGCGACUGGGCGCAGCCGUCGGCGACGCUGCUCGUCGGGCGGCGGGACGUGCGGGAGCUGCUGGAGAGCCCGGCGUCGCCCCUCGGCCGGGCCGCCCCCGCGGGCCUGCACCUCGUGGACGCCGGCGUGGAGCUGCUGGUGCCCGCGCGGCUGCUGGAGUCGCUCGGGUGCAGGCCGCUGGGCGCUCGCCACCUGUGCCAGCUGCUCGAGGCGUACGCGCCGGGCGCAGGCCCUGCCGGGGCCGCGGCGCACGCUGGCACGGAGGCGUGGUGGCAGAGGUUCCUGGCAGUGCUUGACGACCUCCUGGACGCCAGCCCGGACGAGGAGGCCCUGCUGCUGCCGCGGU